UUGACACCGGCGCCAUUUUGCUCCUGCUCGCUCUGCUUCCAUUGUGUGAGAGAUAGUAAAUAUCUGACACUGCCACACAACCACAACACACUGAAACGCUGCGAAGCAAAAGCCGAAAAUUCAGCCCCGGUGAAACUUUGUCGUCAUGGCACGUACCAAGCAGACCGCUCGUAAGUCCACUGGAGGAAAAGCUCCUCGUAAGCAGCUGGCCACCAAGGCCGCCCGCAAGAGCGCCCCCUCUACCGGGGGUGUCAAGAAGCCCCAUCGUUACAGGCCCGGUACCGUGGCUCUCAGGGAGAUCCGUCGGUACCAGAAGUCCACAGAGCUGCUGAUCCGUAAGCUGCCGUUCCAGCGCCUGGUGAGGGAGAUCGCUCAGGACUUCAAGACCGACCUGCGCUUCCAGAGCGCUGCCAUCGGAGCUCUGCAGGAGGCCAGCGAGGCCUACCUGGUGGGCCUGUUCGAGGACACCAACCUGUGCGCCAUCCACGCCAAGCGGGUCACCAUCAUGCCCAAAGACAUCCAGCUGGCCCGUCGUAUCCGCGGAGAGCGCGCUUAGACGCUUCUCUGCCCUCCUGUUUUUCUGUCCCUGUCUUCACUGCUUCCUCCCACCCCCAAAUCCCCCACCCAUCACCCCUCUUCCACCUUCCAGCCCUGCCCAACUUCUUAGUAGACUUUAGGCUGAUCCUGAUCAUGAGCAGA